AUGUACCUUCACUUGCGGUUUGGAAAAUGGAACUUCGUGCUGGGCACCGGCUUGAUCUUCCUCGUCAGCUUCGCUCUUUCAUUGCUGAAGAGAACAACCUGGUGCCAACCUACACCUCAGGCAUUAGCCAGUGACCAGGAAAUGAAAACGUCCCUUGGGACUGGAAAUCUUUUGGAAAAAAGUGUUCUCCCUCCUGUGACAGCUGAAGAGAAGGAGCUGAGUCGUGGCAUUGAGAAAUCGCCCGGACAGGAAGUGGACAGGAAGAUUUUGGAGUAUUUGCUGCUGAUGCAAGAACGCCCCUGGCAGCCCAAUGCUACAGCAGUGGCCCAGUACAGGACAGAACUGGGAAGAUGCUGCAAUGCUUCUUUCUGGCUAGCGAUCACUAAGGAAAAUACACCUCUGGGAUCGGACAUCCUCCUAGACGGGGCAAAAGACAAAAAACUGCCAGUGGGAGCUGAACUCGUGGACCUGCUGCCAAAGAAAUCGCCCAUCUCAGGCCUUCCAUAUGACCGUUGUGCUGUGGUGGGAAAUGGUGGAAUCCUCCGGAAUAGCAGUUGCGGGCAGGAAAUAGACCAGGCAGAUUUCAUUGUGAGGUUCAACCUGCCUCCUAUGAACUACUCUAAAGAUGUGGGAACCAAGACCAGCCUGGUUACCAUCAAUCCCAGCAUUCUUCAGCUUAAAUUCCAGAAUCUGGAGGCGCACAGGAAGCCUUUUGCAGACGCCCUGCAACUUUACCGGGGCGCCCUCAUCUUCAUUCCCGCUUUCUCCUUCGUGGGCCACACUGAGCUGGCUUAUCGAGCUCUGUACACCGUGGAGGACUUUGGCGUGGGGCAGCAGCCUUACUUCUUGAACCCGUUCUAUCUGGACUCCCUGCGAACAUACUGGAAAGAUCAAGGCUUCCAUCCCCGGCGCCUGUCCUCUGGCUUUAUGCUCGUCAGCAUGGCCUUGGAGUUCUGCAAGCGCAUCACCCUUUACGGCUUCUGGCCUUUCUCACGUGACCCAGCCGGCCGGCCGAUACCUCAUCACUAUUACGACAACACUCCACCCAACCCUGGAAUACACGUCAUGAACCGUGAAUUCUCACACUACCUAAAAAUGUACGUCCAGAGCGUGCUACGAUUACGACUAGGCAAAUGCCAGUGAAGGG